AACGGUGAAAUUAAUGACCCUAACUUUUUUAUUUUCUUUGGUGUAAUUGGUGCACAUUUUAUUCAGUCCCUCAAUAAAUGAUAUUAUGAUUAAUUCCAAACAACCCCAAUGGACACUCCCUCCAUUAGGUAUCUUCUCCAUCUUCAAUUUCUCCCAUCAAAUUUUCCUCUAUAUAUACCUAUUAAAACCUCACUCUCCAUACAGUUUAAUCAGUUUAUUUUACCCAAACCCCAAGCAAAAAGAGGCAAAAAAAAAAAAUGUCACUUCUGAAAAGAGAAAAAAUGACAAGACCAACAAGGUGGAGUCCAACUCCAGAACAAAUUAUGUUCUUGGAAGAAAUGUAUAGGAAAGGUUUAAGGAACCCAAAGGCUACACAAAUACAAAGUAUCACUGCCCAUUUGUCUUCUUUUGGGAAAAUUGAGGGGAAAAAUGUGUUUUAUUGGUUUCAAAACCACAAAGCUAGGGACAGGCAGAAGCUUAAGAAAAAACUCCUUGCCCAAAUGAACCAACAACAAAUUUUAGCUCAAUAUCCCAUUGAUGCUCAUAGCACUACUACUACCAGUAAUUCCAAUAACACCAACACAAAUGAGCUCUUUCACUGCCCUACUGAGCAGUACCCUCAAUAUUCUUCUUGUGGUGUUAAGCAAAUAUGCCCUUUUACAUCUACUGGACUUCUUCAAGAGGGUGGAAUCAAAGGUGCAUCAUCUCAAGUAAUGACUUACCACCUAUAUCCAAUGGAUCUCUCAAGACCAGCUGAGAAUAUGGAAAAUUGCAUGAUACCAUAUGGAAAGGAUUGGAUCGUGAUGAUGAACAUUAGUCCUAAUAAUUUAGCUUCUUGUGUCAAUAGACCCCUCAAAACCCUACCACUUUUUCCCAUAACCGAUGGCCUCAAGGACCAGACUACAUCUCCUACUUUAAGUCUAGGAGUUUAA